UAUCAGGUUGGGUGUCUGUCUAGCUCAGUAUCAGAAGGAGAAGAUAUGAUAAGCUCAUUACCUGAACCGUUGUUAUGUCACAUACUCAGCUUUCUUACCACCGAGCAAGCGGUUCAGACAAGUGUUUUGUCCUCUAGAUGGAAACAUAUCUGGAGAUGGGUUCCUAGGUUAGAACUAGACAGCUCUAAUUUCACAGACGUCAAAGUCUGUACGGAUUUCAUCGACAAGUUUCUUGGUUUCCAAGGCAAGUCCUACUUGCGUGAAUUGAAGUUGACCAUUGACUACCAUGUCUUUGAUAGUGAUGCUUCUCUUUACAAGCGGUGUCUCGGUCGAGUGGAUAUGCGGAAGCUUGAACGUUUCCAAGUCGAGAAUCGGUGUAGAUUCUCUAGUAUUUGUUACGUAGAUUUACCCUUAACACUUUCUGUGUGCGAGGCGUUGGUAUGCUUAAAGCUCCGUUUCGUUAGGCUGAAUGAUUUUGCGUCUCUUUCCUUUCCCUGUCUCAAGAUCAUGUACUUGGAAGCCGUUACUUUCCCUAGCGAUGCGGCUGCAAAGGCGCUGAUCUCCUGCUCUCCAGUUCUAGAAGUUUUGAAAAUAUGCCUUGGUAAAGAUGAUAUUCUAGUAGCUUUACGUGUCUGCUCACUCUCACUAAAGAGCUUGACUCUAAAACAAGCGAAACGUGUUUAUGUUCGUGGACGUUAUUCGGUUGUGAUUGAUACUCCGAAACUUGAGUAUCUGAAUCUCAUGGAUCACUACGAACUCAAAAGCUUUGAUAUAAUCAGUAUGGCUGACUCUGUCAAAGUUGAUCUUGAUUUAGAGUUUGGGCUUCUGAGUGAUUACCGUUCGGAUAUGAAAGUCCUCUACAGUCUUCUCAACGAUUUUUCACGUGUUGGAGAUGUGACCAUGUCGUGGAGAACUCUCCAGUUUAUAUGUAGUCUCUAUUAUGAGAAUCCACACCCAAAAUUUCAUGGCUUGACCCGUUUGGGUGCCACUAUGUGCUUAACCGCAUCCCCUGAACUAUUGCCAAUUGUUCUGGAGACCUGCGCGAACCUGAAACACUUGACAUUGGAACUGUUUCUUGAUUAUCAGUGGAGAAGGCUGUCUGAAUUCUCCACUGUGCUUCCUCGUUGUUUGGUAUCGUCCCUUGAAUCUGUUGAAAUGGAAAGCCCGGUCACCGAGAAAGCUACUGAACUGAAAUUGGCUAGAUACUUUUUGAAGAACUCGACGAAACUCAAGAAGCUCGUUCUGCGUUUGAAUCAGUCUUCUACUGGAAAGAACCACAAGCCUGGUGUCUUGGAACAACUCAUUGAAUAUCCAAGACGCUCUAGUUUGUGUCAGUUUGAAGUUAUUCCAGUGUUUCCAACUCCGAAUCAUCCAUUGCCUGAUGGGGGUGUCUAUGUAAAUUCCAAUAGGUUUUGA